AUGGGGCUGCCUAUUGAUGAAGAGUCUUUAAAUUCUAUUUCUGCGGAGUACAAACAUAUCGAAAAUGACAUUGAUCAAGCUAUUUUGCAGCUGCGAGGUGGUUCAUCCGCUGAUGUAGCCCAAAUCCUUCAUGGCGUCAAAAUGCGUGAACGAGAGAUUAACCGGCACAUAAACCGGGCAGCCAAAUUGAUCGAUAAGGCAUAUCCUUGCGAAAUCAGCACUGAAGAUCUGGCCAAAAUUACGGCCCUGGAGACUGCGGAAAAUAAGAGUCUUCUAGACUUUGCCGUUUUUGUCCAUCUCAUGCAACAAGAUCCGGAGGCCGCUCUAGCAAUGAUUGAAGAGUGCGACACAUUAGAAUCAGAUGCAAAAGAAACAUACGUGAAUUUGGCAUAUUGUUUUGAUAUGACAGAUCAACUAAAACUUGGAAGCUUUGAUCCUGUGUUAGAAUGGCUAGAAAACGAUCUAUUCCUCAGCGACGACCAGAAACUAGAAUUGAACUUCGACAUCCAAAGGGCAAACAUAUUGCUGACUUUCUCGAAAACGAGAGAUAGACAAUUGGCAAUUACACAGAUUCGGGAAACCUUGAUACAAUACUUUGACAAGCGAGAAUCAGACAUUGCCGAGCUUCCAACUGUAAUCGCUAUAUGGGACGCACCAAAAGGCAACAGCACUUAUGGCGAAGAUCUGACCCAAAGAUCAUUAUCAGCACUCAGUAAACUGGUGCGAGAAAUCUACUAUCGAGAGUUACAACUAAGUCCCAUCUCGCCACUGCCUAAAGCCUAUUUUGCUGGUAGCGAAUGCCUGCGUGCGUAUCCUAAAGCCCUUAAACUUAUUAAAUCACGGAAUGCGACCUGGACAACAACGACCCAGCUGCCAAUGGAGGUCCCACUCCCCCCCGAUCUGUGCUUCCAUCCCGUUUUCGUAUGUCCUAUCUCGAAAGAAGAAACCAGUAAAGACAACCCCCCGUAA